GCCGCCCAAAUACACUGCAGCAGGUAAACGCGAUUCAGUUGUGUUGUUUUGCUGCGCGGCGGAGCGCAAAUCUUCCGGUGACCUAAAGCGCGAACAAGCAGCAUGCGUUUGUAAUAUAAACGCUGAUCCAUGAUCUGAUUCUGAUCCCGGGAAUAUGACACUGAAAUGUUUUCUGUUGCUCUUCUUGUUAUGGGUCGGAAAUCUGCGCGCUCAGGAGGACAGGCGUGUGGUGUUUUCUUUAGGAAGGUUCCAGAAUGUCAGCGUUCCAGUGAAUGUGACGGUUCGAGCCACAGUUUCUCAGAUUCCUCCUGAUGUCUCCUUCAUCAUACUGCAGUUUCACACACAACAUCACAAUGUUACACUCUCAUACAUGCAGCUCCCAGGUAGUGGUUCAUCGAUGGUCACAGCAGUAGAUGCGGGUCUGUUGUCCACGCUGCUGCCGGCUCAGUCUUCUCUCUCCUGGUUCCUAAAGACGGGAGACGGGAACAAUGUGACAGGAAUCGGACUGAUACUGCCAUACACGAGCACUGAUCCUGUUCCAGGAGCUUGCAAUCUGGAAUUUCCACUGGAAAUUGAUCCAAACGUCUACAUCCAAUACAACCUGUUUGAAACCAAUGUUACCUUUGCACCUGCUAACAUCGGAUAUGCAAGAGGGGCGAGUCCUCCAGCAUGCGACGUUAAGAUGGGAUCUGAGACCCGUUGGCGUCUGGUGUAUGAGGUGUAUCAAUACUUUUUGCCUGAAGGUGACCUAUCAGAACAGAGUCUCAUUAACAGUAUGGAGCGAGUGGCCAAUGUACAGAACAUACAGGACAACGGCAGAAAAGUGAUGAUGUUGACAUCUCAGGAGCAUACACGGCUAUCAUUUAACUCUCUGCCCGGUCAAGGUGUGAUUUUCUUAGUGGUUGUGAGAGACCCGAUGUUUAACACGUCAGCUGCGUAUAUCCCUGCACACACGUACGCCUGCAGCUUUAACUCCACGCUGGACAGCUGCAGGACAUUGGGGAAAGUUUCCACUAAGGUCUUUUUUACUGUGAUGGGGGCAGCAGGGCUGUUUGUGUGUUUUUUGGGCCAUCGUUUCUUCAAAUGUGAGCUCUUCUGUAUGGGCUUUGGGUUUAUGGCAUUUGUCUUCUUUAUACUGAUCACCAAGACCACACCUCUGGAAUAUGACAUUCGAUUGGCUCUGACAGCCGUGAUGGGCGUGGUCGGGGGUGUGAUCUUGGUUAUGAGCUGGUGGCGGUUUGGUUCCAUCAUGGCCUGUGUGCUGGUGGUCGGACUCAUUUUUGGAUUUCUCAUCUCAUCUAUUGUCUUUUUCACUCCAUUUGGUGACCUGUCUAUAUUCCAUAAUGAUGUUGUGUUCUGGGUGGUGUUUGUUUGCAUCAUGGUAAUCGUACCUUUGUUCUUCAUCCGGUGGCCCAGAGAGGGUAACAUCAUAACUUGUGGAGUGGUUGGUGCACAUGCAUUGGUCCUGACUGUAAAUUCUUACACCUACACCAGUCUCUCCUACAUCACGCUGGACGUUCUCAAGCGCUUUCUCAACCACAACUUCAGCCGAGCGUUUAUAUCUGUUCCACUGCAGGAUAUCGAUUUUAUCAUGAUCACAGUGUGGGUGGUUCUGGGGGUUUCAGGCAUCGUUGUGCAGUUGUAUCGAGAACGUUCACGGCCAUUUUUCCCACCGAGUCCAUAUGUCAUGUGGAAACAAGAACGAGAACGCAGGAAGACAAAUGUUCUAGAUCCAAGCCACCACAAGCCGUCUUUCACCGCCCGGAUCCUUGCCAGCAUUCAAAAGCUUACACGUCGCACAGAACCGGCUGGUGAAAGCACACCCCUCCUCUUUUAACCCUUGACUUAUCACCUUUGAUUCGAAAGACGAUUCCCUGUGGAUCCUUUACCCUUCCAGUUAAUUGGUCCUCAGUCAUGAGGAGACGGUUUGUAUAACCACCUUAAUGAGGAUGGUGCUUGAUAUUCAGAGCUUGGAGACUUUUAACACAGUGAUACACAGCCAAUGGCGGUCUCACACAAACAC